AUGGAUGAUGAUGAUUUGAUCACAUGUAUUAUGACUGGUUUACCAUCAGGAGAAUAUGAGUCUCUUAAAACUGCGUUGAACAUUAGGAUUGAUCCUGUUAAUAUGAAAGACCUGCUUGCUAUGUUGCUUAUUCAUGAGGUGCAAUUGGAUGAAGCUGAUAAUCUCCCUAUGGGAACCACAUCAUAUAUGCAAGACCUUCUCAAGCAAAGCGCCAUGGUUGAUGUCAAGCCCCUUCCUUCACCUUUAGCUGUUGGAGAAAAGUUAUAUAAGUUUGACGACACACCGCUACUUGAUCCUACUCCAUAUCGCCAAAUUGUUGGUGCACUCUACAAGGUCUGUCAGUUUAUGCAAGCUCUUACCACUGUUCAUUGGGCUGCUGUCAAACGCAUACUUCGUUACAUUAAACACACUCUUCAUCUUGGGUUUCUUAUUCGGCCAUCCUCGUGCCUUUCUCUUACAACAUAUUCUGAUGCCGAUUGGGAUGGGAAUCUUGAUGCCGAUUGGGAUGGGAAUCCUGAUGAUCGAAGAUCUACUACCAGCCUUGCCAUCUUUUUUGGAGAUUCCUUGGUUUCGUGGUCUGCAAAGAAGCAAAAUACUGUUGCCUGA